UCUCGUCGUUUUCAGGACUUAUAGCUGGCCACUGGAAGGUCUGGUGGUGGGGGCACAUGUGAUUAUAUUGGCCCUCCUACCCAUCUCACAGAAAUGAUCAAAUGAUAUGUAAGCGGAUUGUAGGUGUGUGAGCGAGCAGCAGCGUUGUUACAUUGUGGCGAUGGAAGGUUUUUGUGGAUCGGUGCACCGCUACAUCCUGGUAAAGCAGAAAGAGGCAGUGCUGAGUUAAGAGACCGAAUAGACAUUUAGAUCAAAUACUGAGAGGGAAACACUUGGUCUGUUUCCAGAAAACCUUCGUUCUCUUGUGUAUGUAUCCUCUUGUUAUUUCAACGAUUCGAGUUUUUUGGGGGGCGGAGGGGGCGAAUCAAAAUUUAGUGUGGAUGCCGAAGGAAGGUCCGGUUGGUUGCGGAUAAAAAGGAACCGUAGCGGGGAGAACACAGCCCUCCCAACGGCGGAGAAGCGUCGCACCAUUUAGGGUUUUUCAUCACAACAUCUUUGGCUAUUAUUUCGUAUUUUUCGAUAGACGAGGAAGUUCAAUGGAAGAUAUGAGUUGUUUGGGCAACAGCAAGACUGAAGAUCAACGCAUUGACGAAAAGGCACAACAAGAGGCGAAUAAAACAAUUGAAAAACAGUUGCAAAAAGAAAGACGAGCAUAUAAAGCGACGCACCGGCUGUUAUUAUUGGGUGCUGGAGAGUCCGGGAAAAGUACCGUUGUGAAGCAGAUGAGGAUUCUACACGUCAAUGGUUUUAACGCAGAAGAAAAGAAACAGAAAAUCCAAGAUAUUCUGAAAAACGUAAAGGAUGCCAUAGUGACGAUAGUGUCAGCCAUGAGCACCUUGAAACCCCCAGUCUCUCUCGCCAACCCCGAAGACCAGUUCAGAAUCGAAUACAUCAAAAGCAUAGCUCCUCUCUCGGACUUUGACUACACACAGGAGUUCUUUGAUCAUGCCAAGAAGCUGUGGGAUGACGAAGGAGUGAAGGCGUGCUUCGAAAGGUCCAACGAGUACCAGCUCAUCGACUGUGCACAAUAUUUCCUGGACAGAAUUGACUCAGUAAGACAAGGACACUACAGUCCCACAGACCAGGACCUGCUACGAUGCAGAGUGUUAACUUCAGGGAUAUUCGAGACCCGAUUCCAAGUAGACAAAAUCAACUUUCAUAUGUUUGAUGUUGGCGGCCAGAGAGACGAAAGGAGAAAAUGGAUCCAGUGCUUUAAUGAUGUGACUGCUAUCAUCUUUGUGGUUGCCAGCAGCAGCUACAACAUGGUCAUACGAGAGGACAACAACACCAACAGGCUACGGGAAGCCCUGGAUCUCUUCCGCAGUAUCUGGAAUAACAGAUGGUUACCCACUAUAUCGGUCAUAUUAUUUCUGAACAAGCAGGACAUGUUGGCUGAGAAGGUAUUGGCUGGAAAAUCCAACAUCGAAAACUACUUCCCUGAAUAUGCCCGCUACAUCUUACCCAAUGAAGGUAGGCAGCAUUUGAACCUGCAGUGUGUUUCUGUCUGUCUCUGUUCUAUAGCAACUCCUGGUGAACCUGGUGAAGACCCCAAAGUGACUAGAGCUAAGUUUUUCAUCCGAGACGAGUUCCUGAGGAUCAGCACAGCCAGUGGAGAUGGCAGACACUACUGCUACCCCCACUUCACCUGUGCUGUGGACACGGAGAACAUCAGGAGAGUCUUCAACGACUGUCGCGAUAUGAUUCAGAGGAUGCAUCUGAGGCAGUACGAACUCCUGUGAAGGAAUGGACAGACAGACAAACACACACACACACCCAUCAAGCCUUCUGGGGUUUUAUUCAACCAUUUUGUAUCCUCGACCCCAAAAAACUGACCUGCCCCUUCCUAACCCCACCCUCUGUCCCGUCCCUCUGUCCUGAUGGGGACUACUAAGUACGACUGAGGUGUCAUCCUCUUCCUCUUGUUGGGAGACUGACUGAGGUGACAUCCUCUUCCUCUUGUUGGGAGACUGACUUGAGGUGACAUCCUCUUUCUCUUGUUGGGAGACUGACUGAGGUGUCAUCCUCUUCCUCUUGUUGGGAGACUGACUGAGGUGACAUCCUCUUCCUCUUGUUGGGAGACUGACUGAGGUGACAUCCUUUUCCUCUUGUUGGGAGACUGACUGAGGUGACAUCACUGACUGACUGACUUGCUGGCUG